UGUCCACGUGUGUGUGCGGGUGAUUAUGCACUAGAUCGAUUUCAUACAAAGUGUGAGGUAAACACAGGCCCCAGAAAUUCAUUUCCGACCGCAGCGAUGACGGGAACAGCCGCCGUGCUCCUCACAAUCACGAUUCCCACGAAGGCGGAGGAGGAGCGCCUGAAGAAGGUCUACGUCCAGGUGGUCAACGGAGAGGUAGCCACAGCCACACCCACCGCAACCGUCAGCCGAGCCUCGACGAUCGACAGCCUUUCCACCAUUCGGAUCGGGGAAUCCCCGGAUAUGAAAAGCCACAAGCCCCAGAAUCCCCUGCCAAAGAUCCAAAUCCAGACGUCCCAUGAUCAGCUUCUCGACAUGCCACUGGACACUGUCCAGGAGCAGGUGCUGCGCCAGAUCCUGCAGAAAUUCCACAUACCCAAUGCCGUUUGGCUGCCCAGUCUGGAGGGGAAUGCCUAUCACAUCAGCUUCUCCAUGGACUUCGACGAGCGCUACGAGAAUCUCUACGAGGCUCUGCAGGAAUGGGGCAUCGGCGAUCGGGAGGGAUCCGCUGUGUCCGUGGUCGGCUGCCUGGCCCACAGAUCCUAUGUGCAGCGCGAGGCUUCCGAGGAGCAGGAGGACCGGCCCUCCAGCACCGAGUACAUCAAUGCCCAGAAGCAGGGCAUUUGGAAUCGGUUCAUGAACUCUGUGCGAUCCCGAUUAAAUGUGGCCCAGAUCCUGAGAGAUGUUCGCCAGGAUGCAGCCAUUACCUUCGAUUUUUGCAUUCUACUCGUAUCUGCAGCAGUUCUGGCGAGCUUUGGCCUGGUGGAGAACAGCACGAUUUUUCUGGCCUCCAGCAUGCUCAUUUCCCCACUGAUGGGACCGAUAAUCGCUGCUAUUUUUGGAACUGUGAUUCAGGACCGAUCGCUUCGCCGGCUGGGCAUGCUGAACGAACUGAUCGGCAUUCUGACCGCCACCCUGGUGGGCUUCCUCUUCGGACUGGUCGUCUGCACCACUGACCACAAGUACGGGAUCGGUGAGGGACUCACGGAGGAGAUGCUCUCCCGCUGCGAUCUGCACUCCCUGGUCGUUGGGGUCUUCACGGCCAUUCCUUCGGGAGCGGCGGCUGCCAUAGGAAUCCUGGGUGGCAAUAUCGGUUCGCUGGUGGGCGUGGCCAUAUCCGCCUCUCUGCUGCCGCCGGCAGUUAACUCUGGGCUCCUCUGGGCCGUGGCCUGCAUCUACAAGUUCUUCGAGCACGACGACUCUCUUUACGUGGACGUGAUCAAGUCUCGCCGCUACUCGGACAACCAGGCCAAGGAGCUGGCCGUGCUGGGGGGCAUCAGCAUGUGCCUGACGCUGUCCAACGUCCUGUGCGUCUACCUGAUGGGCAUCCUGGUGCUGAAGGUCAAGGAGAUUGCCCCGGUGAUUGGGCGGAAGAACAGGCAGUUCUGGAAGCACGACAUAAAGCUGGCGCGGCACGGAAAGGUGGAGACGGAGUCCGAGAUUUUGGACGAGCUAAUGGCCAACUUGGCCACGGAGGACCAGCAGGCGCUGGGCUCCCUCAAUCGUCAGUUUCUGCGCCACCUGGAUGAGACGAACUACCAGCACACUUGGUCGCCGCUCAGCAACCGACACAGUUUCUCAAUGCAGCCGCCCGGUGCCGGUUUCUCCACCAUCCACCGCCUGGAGCAGCUGUAUGCGACGAGAAUGGGGAGUGGUGCACCUCCAGUGGAGAGACGACAGCGGCACAGUGUGGUCAGCAGGCCAUCGCAGAGGAGCCACGAAGUCUCCAUCCAGUUGAGUCCGCCACAACCGCGUCCUCGAUUUGCCAGCAUGCCCUCGCAAAUGGGAAAGGACGAGCCGGCGAGGGAAACGAUUGUCCAAGUGGCCAGCUCCAAGCGAUUUACAGUCACGCCGGCUCGCGUGGACGAGCAGCUGCCCUAGAAUAAGAUCCUUUCGUGCUUCCGCUUUCACAGAUUUCGUAUAAAUUUAAAUACUAUAUGUUAUACUCUAGCAGAGGGUAUAGCCAUUCCAAUUCCUUACAAAUCUGUAAUAGUGAACACCCAAAGUGGACUUCAUAACUUAAUUAGGUGUAAAUGUGUAAUGUUGUGCAACAAUUUCCAAUAAUAACUACAAGUCUAUUCCA